UGGUGCGUGUGUUGAGUGAGAUUCAGGAGAAAUGAAACAAAAAAUAUCGGGACGAGAUGGAAUAUUAAUGGGAAAUGAAAGUGGAGUUACAGAGAUGAUUAAAAAUGGCUCGGCAUGAUUUCUGCUUUUCUCAAGUGGCAAACUUCUCUGCGCGUCUCGGAGCUGUGUGUCAGCGCUGAGUACCAGCUGGUGGUGCAUGUGGUCCCCUGAAAAUCUGCUCCGCGCUCAGAGCAGCAGAAAAGAUCAGCCCGACCGGAGCAGGACGCGCGAUCUGCACCGAGAGCGACUGUUGAGCCUCGUGUUUUAUCUCUUCUUAACACGGAUGGGUUAGAUUCUGGUCCUUUCAGUUUGACAUGUGGCCGGGGCAAUGAAUAACACAACCGGCUGGGUACCGGUAGGAGCCGGCAGCCGGGAAGAGUUACCAGCGCACCGAGUUUUAACGGGCUGCGUCCUGGCGCUGCUCAUCGUUUGGACGCUUUUAGGCAACUUCACAGUGUGCGCAGCCGUUUAUCGCUACCGGCACCUGCGCGCAAAAGUGACCAACAUCUUCAUCGUGUCUCUGGCUCUGUCGGACCUUCUGGUCGCCGUGCUGGUGAUGCCAUGGAAAGCUGUUGCUGAGGUGGCCGGUUUCUGGCCGUUUGGGAGCUUCUGUAAGACCUGGUUGGCCUGCGACAUCAUGUGCUCGACGGCCUCCAUCCUCAACCUGUGCGUCAUUAGCGUGGACCGGUACUGGGCCAUCUCCAGCCCGUUCCGCUACGAGAGAAGCAUGAACAAAAAGGUGGCCUCCGUUAUGAUUGGCGUGACGUGGACAGUGUCCCUGGUCAUCUCCUUCGUCCCCGUGCAGCUCAACUGGCACCGGGCGGAGAUCGGUGACCCGGCAGCGGAGGGUCUGGCGCACCACGGUGGGAGUACGGAUGGGAGCUGUGACUCCAGCCUGAGCCGCACGUACGCCAUCUCCUCCUCCCUCAUCAGCUUCUACAUCCCCGUUGCGAUCAUGAUUGUCACGUACACCCGCAUCUACCGGAUAGCCCAGAUGCAGAUCCGAAUGAUAUCCUCGCUGGAGCGGGCGGCGGAGCACGCGCAGAGCUGCCGCUCGGACGUACCUGAACUGUUUCCUCACCUGUGCACGGAAAUCGGUGCCAGCUCGUAUCAGUCUCAGAUCAGCCUUCAUCCGGAGUCUCAGCGCUCUAAUCAGUCACACCGCGAGCUCAAAGUCUCCAUCAGAAAAGAGACUAAAGUCCUGAAAACUCUGAGCAUCAUCAUGGGCGUCUUCGUCUGCUGCUGGCUGCCCUUCUUCAUCCUUAACUGCGCUCUGCCCUUCUGCCCCGGCCCGGGGGCUCCGGGGGCCCAGCGUGGCCCUUACUGCGUCAGUGAAAAGACUUUCGACGUGUUCGUGUGGAUCGGCUGGAGCAACUCGUCCCUCAACCCGGUCAUCUACGCGUUCAACGCGGAUUUCAGAGACGCGUUCUUGCGCCUUUUGCGCUGCCGCGGACGACGCUGCUUGGCGGCGGUGAGCGCAGCGGUGGAGACGAUGAUGGCGAGCAACGAGGCCGUGAACCCGAAGCGAGAGAGCCCGCUGAAGGUGAGGCUGGACGCCUCCUGUGCCACAAACACCAGGGGGAGUGAGGACAGCGGGAACACCACGAUGACUGUGUUUUACCACAGAGGGACAACCUCGGAGCAGGUGAUGGACACCGAGGACAGAAACGACAAGGACAGACUGACGCAGAUACCCAUAUGAGUGACAUGGUUCAAAACAGACAGUUGAGGGGUCAGAGAGCAGGUCCAACUCUGGUUGUACAGAAAAAAGCAAGAAUGAAGCACAAAGAGGUUUGCACUUUAGUAAGUCUUAGUCAAACAUGCAGGCAAUAAAUCCACCUUAAAUACAGAACAUAUAGGCUAUAAGCUCUGUUUAUGCCACACACCUGAAAAUCAUGUGAUGUCAUUUUCUCUUGGGGUUUCAUAUUUGGGAUAAUUGUAGGCAGAACUGGUGUUUAAGCGAUAAAUAGCUUCAGAUUUAAGUACUACUGUAAGUAAAAAUGCUCUAAAGCAAGAUCAGAUGGCAGAUAAUGACUGUAUUUUUGGUUGCUUCAGUUCACUGAAAAUUAAUUCCAACGUUGAACAGAUACUUUCCUUCUUGCUUUACUUAGUCGAUUCAGAACCGAGACCUGCAGGAUGCUCUGCGCCUUGAAUCAGGCCUGGAGAGGUGCAGUCAUCUCUCUCUCAUUUUUAGUGUAAAUCUCACAUCAGGAUGGAUGCUAAAACACAAAAUUUGUCAUUGCUAAAGUUUUUCUUUUAGAGCAAAGAAGUGAGAAUAUUUUUACCCAUUUAACUUAAAAAAUCUAUAAUUUAGCAGAACAAUUUACUUGUGAGGACAGGGGUUUUUUUUUUGCAGUGUGACCAUUCAAGGUCAAAUGUCAAGCUUUGCUCACUCCCUUUCCUCACCCUGGAGACAGAGAGAUUUAUCAGAGGUCAGGAUUUCUUUGAAUCUCUAGAAAUGGGAUUAUAUAACUAACUCACAUUUGCACUCGUCAGCUUUGCAUCUUGGUGGAUGCACUGUGCACUCUAUUUCCCCCUCUACCUCCUGAAAGAAACAAUCAUGAAUAAUUUGUAAAGGUUGUUCCUGUGAAAGAUGCCCUGACCAGUGAGAACACAGAAGCUUUUACGGUGACAACACUCAGAAACGUAAGAUGUGAUUCAUUGCAGUGAGGUUGAUGCAGGAAUGGGGAGGAUAACAGCAGAGGCAUGUAGUCUCAUAUUCUGUUCUCUGAUGAACUUUCUACAUAUUAACAUCUGUUAAUUUUUGUUUAAUGAGACUUCCUUGUUGCUGUUAAAUAUGGAAGCCCAUCUUGUAACCUCAAGGAGCCACAAGUCUUAAUGGAACCAACAAAACCUAUGAUUCCCAUAUUUUUUGUUCAUUAUUGUACAAUUUACAGACAUAAUUUGAGAUUUUGGAAACCAUUCUUUUUCUAUUUCUUGCUGAGAGCUAAAUGAGGAUUGAUAUCACUCAUAUUCAGUUUAGUAAGUAUCAUGAACCAGCAAUCAGAGAGCUGAGCUUAGCAUGAAGAAGCAACGCAAUCUACCUACCAGCUCCUCUAAAGUCACUCACCUGCGAUUUAAAAAUAUAAAAUCUGAAAUAGUGCAGUGUCUUUAUUGAGUCUUACUGUCACCACCAGGUUUCUAGGCAACAAGCCCAGACAGUAAGCCAAUGUAUGUGGCUAAGAAUAGUCUGGAACUUAUAUAGCCACUGAAAAACCACAAUUUGUUGCUUUUACACUUUCUUUGUCCUAUGGACUAAGCAAAGUUGGUAUCUUUGGACAGGGGCGGGCAGCCUGAUUCACUUAUCGUACUCAUGUUAUUCAUGUGUAUGGAUAGUUUGUCAGACAAUGUUGUGUUUAUACAGUCAGCAUUAUAGCGAUCCAGAGUAGCAGCUUGAAAAUGGCUCUGGAGUGACUGCUGGUUAACAUCUGAUCUUGAUGGUCUGGGUUUCAGUCACUAUUUCACACUUGCUCUGUUGCCUGACAGCAGAAACAGAAGAAUAUUAAAACGAAACAGCUUUAUUAGGAAUUUGGCUGUAUUAAAUUGUAAUAAAUGUGGGCACAGAGAGCAGGAGAGAAGCAAGCAGAUGGAAACACUGAUGGAAUUUAUGUUGCAAGGAAGCACACAUGGCGACAUGAAAACAAAUUAACCCACACACAGUCCUUGUUUAUUCAUUUCAAACUUGUAAUGACUUUCCACCAUUUCUGAAUGGCCCUUAACUUCCAAAGUGGUCUGACUUGUGGCCAUAUGAUCAUAACUAAUAGCAACAGUAGCCACAUGAAGCACAAUGUGCUGAUACUGAGGUUUUUCCUGCUGUUGUGGGGUAAUUGCCAUCAAAAAUCUACACUACCAUUCAAAAGUUUGGGGUCACCCAGGCAAUUACAUGUUUUCAUGAAAAUUCACACUUUAAUCAUGUGCGAACAGAAUUGCACAAGGGUUUUCUAAUCAUCAAUUAGCCUUUCAGCACAACUAGCUAACACAAUGUAGCAUUAGAACACAGGAGAGAUGGUUGCUGGAAAUGUUCCUCUGUACCCCUGUGUAGAUACUUCAUUAAAAAUCAGCUGUUUCCUGCUAGAAUAGUCAUUUACCACAUUAACAAUGUCUAGACUGUAUUUCUGAUUAAUGUUAUCUUCAUUGAAAAAAAAUGCUUUUCUUUCAAAAAUGAGGACAUUUCUGAGUGACCCCAAACUUUUGAACGAUAGUGUAAGUAAUCACUGACAGAUCCUCAGAUGCUGGGAGUGCAUGUAGACUCUUGUGUUCAUUCUUUCAGCCAACAGCGAAACACUCCUUUGCUUUGAGAGGCAUCUGCUCCUCGUGAAUGGCUCACCUGGAAGCAGCAAGCAGUAAGGGGGCAUUAUGCAAACUUUGUGCUAGACGAAUAUUGGCUCCGCUGUUGAAUUGUAGCAACUGAUAAAGUUCUUACUGCCAUGUAAAGCUUGGAGGCUAUCUAAUAAUGCAUUUAUACACAGUAUAUGCACUUUUCUUGACACCCAAGGACACUUUACAAAAGUCUAGUUGUAUGUGAUAAGAUUAAUGGCAGAAGUAAAUGUCUUUGUGUCUUCACAGAUCAUAACACUCAGAACAAUCACAAGAGAAAAAUGGAUUUGUACCAUAUGGUAACUAUUAAAGCAAUAGUUUGAGAUUUUAAGUAGAACUAAACCUUAGAUUAUAUAUUGGGCCUGCUCAGAAACAUUGCAGUUUCCUUUAGUGUCUGCAUACGUUCGUUUUCAUUAAUGUUUCAAACCUGCUUGUUGAAAGGAGUUAAUGAACCAAUCAGGAUUCGUGACAUACAGUUCCUACCAAUGCCUUAUUGAAAUUUGUUGCGUGUGUGCUAGGUUCUCUGUGAGGCUCAGUGGCUUUGCGUAUCACUGGAGAAGCAUAAUUAAGGCAUUCUCAUGUCAAUGUGGUAAAAAUAAAACUACUGCAAUCUAGCUCACAUAAAGGCUGGAAGAUUGAGGCUGAUUUAACACAUUAACUCUGUGGAAAAGGAUGCAGUUUAAGAACAUUAUUUUUGCAUUUUUGAUUGUAUAAAUGUAUUUAAAAAAUGUUAACUUAUUUUUUUAAAUUUACAUCAACAAUUAAUAGCUAGUCUUUCACUGAAAAUGUAUGGAGUAAACACAGUUUAUCUGUAGUAGCCACCAGCGAUAACAUGUUUGUGUCUGUAAUGCGGAACUUGGAAAACACAGUCUACUGUGUAAUUGUUUCCAGAGGGGAAAUAUGUGCAUCUUUAUGGUAUUCAUGGUGUAAUGGGCUUUUAACCUACAUAGGACAUCCAUCAGCUGCAGGCGUGCAAUGCGUGUAAGAAUAGUCACCAUACCAAAGAAGAUUAAUUAAACAAAGGUCAAAUAAAUUUUUUAAAUGUGCAGAUGAAGGCUAUUAAGUUAGAAAAGUCUUUACAGAUCUGACUGGAAGUCAGUUCAUGGUAAAGUGAUUACAUCAUUUAAUAUUGACGGACAAAUGUCUGUCCUUAUUUUAUUCUUGUGUCACCCAAAAGGAGUUCAUUGCAUUAACAUUCCUCCCAGGGUAGUUUGCCGAGGGAAGCUUUUUAUGGGCCACACCUGCCCACCUUGAAUGUCUGAGACUUAAAUGAGCCCUCGAGGCUGCAGGAAAAUCAGAGCAAGUGAAGAAUAGAGAGAGUUUCAGAGGGAAAUGUUAAUCGAUUUUUGUGGUUCAGGUGGGAAGAUUCAUCUAACAAAGGUGACUUCUGUCCUGAGGCCUCAGCAUACAGGGAAUUUUAAGUGAGGAGUGAGCAAGUGUUACUUACAAAUAAUAUUCAUAUUAAAUAAGUUUGGCCAGCCAUGGGCAAAUGACAUAUUUUGUUGAUUUUUCAAGUACAGAGAAGAAAAUGCAGCCUUUACAGCAAGCAGACAUGACAAAUGAGGCCCUUUUCAAAUGUGAAUUAAUGGUUACUUUUUAUUUCAUGAACUUUAAAAUGGAAAAAACUAAACAGUAAUUGUGACAAAGUAUACUCCUCUACUUGUUAAGUCUGAGAACUGCAUUGUUAGGAGGCCUGCAGUCGUAGCACUACCAAAUAUUUUACAAGAAUAAAAAGAGUCAAAGGAAAAUCUGGAAAAAUAAAGUUACGGUAAAUUUGUGUUGCACAGCUUUCAUGUUUUAUUUCUUGUUGGUGACCUUGAGACCAUCUUGUUUCAAUCUUUUAGGCCAGUUUUCCAAAACUUAUUGACUUGUGACUCCUUGAAAUAAAGUAAUGUUGAUUCACCUUCUAUGUAUUUCAGUCCCUUAAGGAUUUGUAUUGUAAAACAAAGAUUUGAUCUUCUUUCCUACAUUGCAUGACCACUCAGAUUUAUCCUGUGGACCCUCUGAAAUGGUCACAACGUCUGGAUUGUUAAUGCAUACAUGUAGACUCAUCUCACUGAAUGAAAUUGAUUUAUAAUCACAUCAGUUUGUAGGUUCUUCGUAUCUGUCCAUUCAGACUGAUAAGACUUGCCUUUAGAAACUUUAAUUUGGCUGAAAAGUUGUUUUCCAAAGUUAAAAAAAAACAUAGUUUUGCAAAUGUUUACAUUAGAAUGUGCAUGUAUAUGUCAGAUACAUAGACUGACAUUUAUGUUUACUUUCUCUUAUCCAGUUGGCAAAGUCUUUCAAUCUGAAAGACCUUAUAAUCCCCUUUGGUCUCUUUCAGGGCAUCAGAUCAUGUUGUUACAUUAUUUGCUGCAAUAAUCCUCAUUCUACAGAGGGAGAGGUCCCUGGACUUUUGCAUUACUACAGAUACACGAGGAAAACAGAUUUACAGCUUUACUUACAAUCACGUCAACAUGAAUCUUAUAUCCUAUAUGUCCUUUGUAUUUGGUGUUUGGGAACUCCCAGAGCAAGUCUGACAAGUAAACACUGUAUAUGUUCUUCAUUCAUGAUUCAAGUGAAUGAUUCUAGAUGAUUUGGUUUGAAAAAAGUAAUUCAUUCAGACAAGACAGAAAAAGGAAAAAGCAGAGAAAAGUGCCACAAUGUGUGUGUGUGUUUGUGUGCGAGAGUAAACUCUGAACUAUGAAUGAAAUAAAAGGAGGAUUUGGGGGUGAAAUGUGGAGAUUUUUUGGGUCAG